AUGAACAAGUUAUCAAUUUAUUCAAAUGGGCCCACAAGCACUGGCAUCGCCCUCGUCAUAUCCCGCCCUCGGGACUCCAGGGCAGAGCCACCGAGCAGCGGGCACCAGCAGAGGGCUGUCCCCGGCGGACCGCCAACGAACCCGGCGCAGGGAUCGCCGUUCGCGCACAGGGCGGGAGACGCGCGGCCAAGAGCGCCGCCCGCGGGCGCGGAAAGCGCAGCUCUCGCUCAUGGUUUCUCCCUUGCCGCCUGCGACGGCGUUAGCUUCGACCUGGACUGUACUCUGUGUCGCCACAACUUGUCCGAGAGCGCCACGAUGGUCUCUGGUGGCUCUUCCUUCUACUGCUGUGUGGACUGGAGCUACAGCCUCAGAACCAGAGGGUGUGCAGAGCAGGGUCUCUUCUCCUUCAUGAUAGGACAGGGCAUCCUCUGGUCUCCUGCCCACCCUCUGCCUCCUUUCUCCAUUUUUGGUCUGCCCUGUGCCCUCCUCACAUCUGCUGUCUUCUGCUUCCACUCUGGGAGCCUGAAGAGGAAUGAGGCUUCAGGCAUCACGAUGUGCUUCGGUUGAUGAUGGAGAUGUCAACUUUGUCUGAAAUCACAUGGCACCCAGUUUGUAGACACUGUUCCCCUUACUGGGGUCCGUAAGAGACUCGCAGCUGAACUUUACAACACCCACAAACAGGCCUUCACUCCCUGCCGGGUCUCUGAUUACCAUCUCGUCUGGUUUAAAAAGCUAAGCAAAAUUGAGUCCUUGGAAAAUAGUGGGUAGAAUAGCUCGUAACAUUCUUGACCUCCACCACCUCCUACUUCUACCACCCAUGUCUUCAGAACAAACAAGUGCAGUGGUUAAUAAUAAUAAUUUUAGUGACUGCCAUGAAGGUAAAGGACAAUUAAUACAGUGAUAACAGUGCCAAGUUUUGAAGUUAGAUUCAAAUAUCAGCUCAGCUUUCUGAUUGCUUAGCAUUGGCCAAUUCACAUAAUUGCUUUUAAAUUCCAGAUAUGAAAAUAAAACUGAUAAUAGUGUUUAUUUCAUAGGCUAGUAAUAGAAUUAAAUGAGAUGAUGUGAAAAGCCCUCAGCACAUGGCCAGGCA